UCGCGAUGCAUUUCUCCGAGAGCGAUUGGAUCGCGUGCUGCGGCAGCUCGAAAUUCGCCAAGGAGAUGGCCAAGGUCGGGCCUUUCAAGAAUCUUGCCGAGGCGAUCGAGAUGUCGCGGCAGAUAUGGUGGAAUCAGGUGGAUGUUCCUGGAUGGCUGGAAGCUUUUGGAGCUCAUCCAAGGAUUGGAGCGCUCAGCAGCAAGUCCACAACAGACUGGUGUGCCGAGGAGCAAGCUACAGCACUGAGCAGUGCAAAUGAUCGAGCACUCAAGCUUGAUAGGGACUUAUAUGACGUUCUAGGAUCUAGCCGAGUGGAAUCGGCUCUACGAAUCAAAAUUUGGCUUCGUGUUCCUUGUCUGUGCAACUGGAAAGAGUAGC